ACUCUCCUUAUCACUUCCCAACCCCAUUCGGUCAUUAGACGCUCGUCACUCGGCUUGUAGAACUCUUUCUGCCUUCUUUUCCGCUCCUUCGGGUCGGGUCGUCUCGUCGCUCCCCUCCUUACCGAUGGCGUCCGAGGUGAGCGGCGCGUCAGUCUCGUCGGAAGCCAAGGAAGCCCCGAUGAGGAGCGAACCCGACGGAGACACAGGAGGGGACGGGGAUCCCCGUGCCGCCGUGGAACCGGAAAAGGAGAGCAGUGACGGCUCGUCCCCCGCCUCGGCCGCGGCCGGAGGCACCUUGACGACCACCUCCUCGAUGCCUGUAGCACAGGAGACUCCGGACGACGACCCGGACGAGGAGGCGUUCCAGGAGGCGCUGGAAUAUGGGGACGACGAUGGGUUCUCGGAUGCCGCUAAAGCUUCAGGAUCAUUGAAUGAUGGUGAACUCAUGGAAGGAGAGGAGAAAGGUGAGCCCCCAUCGGAGACUCAGGUUUUGGCCACCGUCCAAGGCAAUUCCCAACAUGAGACCGUGGAAAUGCUGUCAAGUGAAAUCCCUAGGACAGAGGAGACCUCACAUCGUGAGGUUUUGUCGGCUGUGGUGAAUGAGUCGGCGGAGAAUUCCACUUCGCAAAGCACCGAAACGAAGCCAAUCGAGGAUGGUUCUGUCGAUGGCGACGAGGAGGUCGGACUCCACGAUGCUCACGAGGAGAAUGAUGAGGGCUUGGUCGAGGAAUCGGGAGAGUCUGCUACCCCUACUAUUGGUGCGGUUGAGGAAGAGAGACAUGGAGCCGAACCUGAUGUUGCGGAUGACGUGAAAAUUGGCGUUGCCGCAGUUUCCGAUCAAAAUGUCUACCCAAUUUGUAUACCUGCCGCACAGGAGAUGGAGACUGUGGAGAAUCCCACUUUGAGCAUCGAAGGGAACCCAGUCGAGGAUGAGACUGCUGCAGCUGGCAAUGUGGAUAGGGAUGAGGAGCGUGCAGACCCUGGUGCUCAGGAGAAAGAUGGAAGUUUGGUCGACAAAUUGGGAGAAUCUGCUAGGCCUGUUAUUGAUGUGCUACUGGAGUCAAAGACAGCAAACGACAAGUUUGAUACCGCCGAAGAAGAGAAAAACGGAGGCAAAGCUGAGAUGGAAGAGGUGAACAUUGGCAUUGCUGGGGUUGCUCCCACUUUGAGCAUUGAGGAUAACCCAGUCGAGGAUGGGACUGCUGCCGCUGGAAAUGUGGAUAGGAAUGAGGAGCAAGUAGACCCUGAUGCUCCGGAGAAAGAUGGAGGCUUGGUCGAGAAAUUGGGAAAACCUGCUAGGCGGGUCAUCCAUGUGUUACUGGAGUCAAAGACAGCAACAGACGAGUUUGAUACUGCUGAAGAAGGGACGGGCGGAGACAAAGCUGAUAUCAGCGAGGUGGACAUUGGCACUUCUGAAAAUGCCGAUUCUGAUCAAAGUGUCAACCAAGGAAGUACCCCUGCUUCUCAAACAGUAGAUGAAUCAUCCAAAUCAACUCAUGGAGUAAAUGACGAAGAGAUGAAUGAAAAUUUAAUACAGAGUUAUUCCGGUGUGGACACUAUGAUGGUCUAUGUUUCAACCGGAAAGCUUGAUGGAUCAAAUAUGAGGAAAAAUGAUUUGAGUGAGAAUCAUGAAGUUGCAGAUAGUAAGUCCGGUGAAAGUUCUGCUAACAAAGAUGAUACAGUGAGUGAUGGUGAAACUGUCUUUAGUAAGCCUUCUAUUCAGGGGAAAGUGGAUACAGCUAGUGAUGGUGAAACUGUCUCUAGUGAGCGUUCUGUUCAGGAGAUAGUGGAUGAGAAGCUAACAAAUGAAUCGAAUCGAACUGCAAAUCGAACUGAGGCAAACAAUGAUGAGCCUGUGCCUGAAUUGGUUCCAGAUGGGCAAAAUUCAAUAUCAGCCCCAGAUAGGCAAUCUCCAUUUAUCACUGCUGGGGAAUCAAGAAACAGGGUGACUGAAGGAGAUGACUUUGGGGCUUCUGGUGUGAAUGAAGAUGCACUUGCUCAAUUACCAACUUCAGUUACAGAACCAGAACCAACACCGAGUAAAGAUUUGAUUGAUCAUGUGCAAGACCUUGACCAGGAGAAGGCAGAGGACGAAGACAAAAACUUAGUUUCUGAUGGACCACCUAGGGUGGCAAUAUCGACGAGCUCAGAAACUGCAAAACAGCUGAUGAGUGAAGUAGAAGAAGGCUCUUCUAGUGUCACCCCUCAUUCAGUGUCAGAUGACUCAAAGGAUGUAGACGGCCAGAUUAUUUUGGAUUCAGAUGAAGAGUUGGUGACUGACGAGGAGGAUGGAAGACAUGCAAUGAUCGAUUCUGAUGCAUUGAUUGCGCUUCUGAAAGCGGCAAGCAGUUCCACUGAUGAUGGAGGUAUCAGUGUCACUUCUCAAGAUGCUAAUAGAAUCUUCUUGGUCGACCGUCCAGCUGGUCUGGGGUCCUCAAUUCCAUCUCUGAAACCUACUCUUCCCCGUCCUGCACGAUCAAACCUUCUUAGUCCUUCUGAACUGGCAGUAGCAGCAGAGCCUGAUGAUCAAAUGACCAAGGAACAAAAACAGUUGCAUGAGAAAGUUGAGCUUAUUAGGGUGAAGUUUCUACGUCUUGUUCAUAGGUUGGGCCAUUCACCUGAAGACACGGUGGUAGCCCAGGUGCUAUAUCGUCUGAGUCUUGCAGAAGGUAUUCGUAGUGGAAGGCAAACUGGCCAGGCUUAUAGUCUUGAGAGUGCAAAAAAGAAGGCUUUGCUGCUAGAACAAGAUGGAACUGAAGAUUUGGACUUUUCCUGUAACAUUCUUGUCCUAGGAAAGAGUGGAGUGGGCAAGAGUGCAACUGUAAAUUCUAUAUUUGGUGAAGAGAAGUCUCCAACCAGUGCAUUUGAACCAGCAACAACUUCUGUUAAAGAGAUUGUAGGAACCGUGGAGGGGGUAAAGAUUCGGGUUUUAGAUACUCCAGGUCUUAGAGCUUCAGGAAUGGACCAAGCAUCAAGCAGGAGAAUCCUGGCAUCCAUAAAGAAAUACACAAAGAGAUGCCCUCCAGACAUUGUUUUGUAUGUGGACCGCAUGGACACACUGACCCGAGAUCAGAAUGACUUGCCUCUGCUAAGAACAAUUACUAGCACUUUGGGUUCAUCCAUAUGGUUCAAUGCCAUUGUCGCUCUCGCACAUGCUGCGUCUGCCCCUCCUGAUGGACCAAGUGGUUCCCCUUUGAGCUAUGAGGUGUUCGUGGCCCAAAGGUCUCAUGCUGUUCAGCAGUCCAUAAGGCUAGCAGCUGGAGACAUGCGCCUGAUGAAUCCAGUGGCUCUUGUUGAGAACCAUCCAUCUUGUAGAAAGAACAGGGAGGGACAAAAAGUGCUCCCUAAUGGUCUGUCAUGGAGAUCACAGAUGCUGCUGCUCUGUUACUCUUCAAAGAUAUUAUCUCAAGCUAAUUCACUUCUAAAGCUUCAAGAUCCUUCUCCCGGAAAACUGUUUGGUCUCCGUCUACGUCCUCCACCGCUUCCCUUCCUGCUUUCUUCUCUGUUGCAGUCCAGAGCACACCCAAAACUUCCAUCCGAUCAUCAUGGUGACAAUGAAGAUUCUGAUAUUGACCUAGAUGACUUAUCAGAUGCUGAUCAAGGGGAAGAAGAAGAAGAGUAUGAUCAACUUCCACCAUUUAAGCCCCUGAGGAAGUCUCAAAUUGCCAAGCUGACCAAGGAGCAAAGAAGAUCAUAUUUUGAUGAGUAUGAUUACCGAGUUAAGCUUCUUCAGAAAAAACAGUGGAAGGAGGAGCUCAGACGAUUGAAAGAGAUGAAGAAUGGACAGAAAGUGUUGAAGGAUGAUUUUGGGCUUGCUGAUAUGGUCGAAGAUUUUGAUCAGGAUAAUGCCCCUGCAACUGUACCAGUCCCUUUGCCUGAUAUGGUAUUGCCCCCUUCUUUUGACUGUGAUGCCCCAACGUAUCGAUACCGUUUUCUAGAGACUACCUCACAGUUUCUUGCUAGGCCAGUACUGGAUACGCAUGGUUGGGAUCAUGAUUGUGGUUAUGAUGGGGUAAGCCUUGAAGAGAGCCUCGCUGUUGCUGGCCGAUUUCCUGCUGUCUUAUCAGCUCAAGUGACUAAGGACAAAAAGGAAUUCAGCAUCCAUUUAGAUUCCUCUGUCUCGGCCAAGCAUGGGGAAAAUGGUUCUACUCUCGCUGGCUUCGAUAUCCAGACUGUUGGAAAGCAACUUUCUUACAUUCUGCGGGGUGAGACCAAGUUCAAAAUGUUGAAAAAGAACAGGACUACUGGAGGGAUCUCCGUAACCUUCUUGGGGGAAACCAUAGCUACUGGAUUAAAGUUUGAAGACCAACUUUCUCUUGGGAAGCAAGUGAAUCUUGGUGCAUGCACUGGUGCUGUUCGAGCACAAGGUUAUACUGCAUAUGGAGCCAAUUUGGAGGUGCGACUCCGAGAUAAGGAUUAUCCCAUAAGUCAAGCCCUUGCCACCUUGGGGUUAUCUUUGAUGAGUUGGCAUGGUGAUUUGGCUUUGGGUGCAAACCUGCAGUCUCAAUUCUCCAUUGGGAGGAAUUCAAAGAUGGCAGUUCGUGUUGGGCUGAACAACAAGCGGACUGGGCAGAUCACCGUCAGGAUGAGCACCUCAGAACAACUUCAACUUGCACUCGUGGGUAUCAUCCCCAUUGCAAUCUCUAUCUUCCGGAGCAUGAAGCCCGGUGAGUCCUUCCAGUAUUAGUUAGAUCAGGUGUCUAAGACACUUUAUAUCUCUUGAGUUUCAUCAUAACUAGUUUCGAAGCCUCUUUAUGUUCCAAUUAUUAUCCUUUUGGUCAGAAUCUUUGCAGUUUCUCUAAUUAGUUUUGUUCUGUGAUUUCAAUACUUGGUUGUAGAACUGAGUUUGAAUAAAAGCAGUAAUAGUUCAUUUUCAUGA